AUGUUAUUAUCCUAUCUACUCUCAUCAAGUAAUUCGAAGUCAUCUGUGAAUAUGUCGUCAACAAAUACUACAAUUGUUGCAUUGAUUACUGGUGGUAACAGAGGAAUUGGAUUUGAAAUUGCUCGCCAACUUGGUCAACAGGGAAUUGAAAUCUUAAUCGGUUCACGUAAUGAAACACGUGGCAAAGAUGCAGUAGAAAAGUUAAUCAAUGAUCAUGGUGUUAAAGCAGCAGCUUGUGUUCAGCUUGACAUGCAAGACCAGGAGUCGAUUGAUCGGGCAGUUGAAACAGUUAGCCGAACUUACAAUAAAUUAGAUAUACUAGUUAAUAAUGGUGGCAUCUAUUUGGAUGAACCACCACCAAGUGCACUAGAUAUUGACAUGCUACGACAUACAUUCGAUACAAAUUUUUUUGGCGUCUUCCGCGUUACAAAAGCCUUUUUACCAUUAAUUAAACGAUCAUUAAACGGCGGUCGAAUUGUCAAUGUUUCAUCUGCGCUCGGCUCAUUUCGAUCUCAUGAACUUAACCAACAAAAUUUCCAUCUUGCAUACAGUGCAUCGAAAGCAUCGUUAAACAUGUUAACUGUACAAUUUGCUAAAGAAUUAAAACAAACCAAUAUUAAAGUAAAUUCAUACGCACCUGGUUUUACAGCAACCGAGAUGACCAAUUAUGAGGGCCAUUCAGUUGAAAUUGGCGCAAGAUCAGCUGUUACUUUGGCUACUCUCCCCAAUGAUGGACCAACUGGCAGAUUUUUUGCACAUGAUCUAUCGGAACGAGGCUGGUAA